GUGCGGGAGGCGGAUGCAGAUGGGGGGAUGGCUGGCGGUGGUGAUGGUGGGGAUGCGGACGGAUGUGGGUGGGAGUCUAAGGCGGGUAGCAGUGACCUGGGUUGUGGGGCGGAUGGUGCGGGUGAAGAGGGGCAGGGGCAUGAAGGCGGGCAUGAAGGCGGGCAUGAGGGCGGGCAUGAAGGCGGGCAUGAGGGCGGGCAUGAAGGCGGGCAUGAGGGGGAGGAGCCCAGGGCAGGGUGGUGGGAAGGGGCGAGAGGAGUGGGGGAGGGUGACGGGCUGCAUGGGCUAAGUCGGGGACAAAGCGGGGGAGAGGAAGCAGGGCGUGAAGGGGACAAUGAGAAGCGGCAAUUCGUAGGAAAGGCUUCGCAAAGGGAGGAGGGUCCACGUGAAUGGGGAAGAGGUGCAGACUUGUUGGGGCGGUCCAACAGUGAAGAAAAUAUGUCACCAGCGGCGGGAGUCAAGCGGAGACUGCAGCAAGGGGCGUUGGAUGAGGGAAUGACAGGGGAGAGCAGUGGGCAGAAGCGAGUGAGGCGGGCAGAGGAAGAGAGGAUGGAACAUGAGGAGUGGAAGGAGAGAGAGCAAGGCAACUGGGAGCAGGAGGUGGGAGAGGAGAAGGGAAGCAGCAAGGCAGCUGUCAGCGGCAGUGGGGAGCACAGGGAUCAGGGCAGAGAGGGGAGCGGGCAGGGAGGCGGAGAUGUGGAGGUGGCAGCAGUGGGGGGAGUGGGGCAUGGAAAGGAAGUGCAGUCGGAUGGGGCGUCAGUGAGCAUGGCAGGAAGGGCUGGGAGCCGCAUCAGAGCCAAAGGGAGAAGGGGGUGUCGCAGCCACCGGCCAAUCACGGUGGAGAUCUACCGGCCGUUCUUGAGUGUGAGGAGAGUGGAGGGGAGCGGAGACAUGCAGGCGGAGGGGAGUGGCGCACGGAUGCAGGAGGCGACUGGGGGCAUGCUGCAGGGAGCCCAGCAGCAGCAUCUGCAGCCAUGGUUGGAUCAUGGGAGUGAGGAGGGACGCCAAGAAGACGUGGAAGCAGGCAGUCAGACUCUGCAGCAUGGAAUGAGUGAGCAGCAGCAGGGAGAGAAGAACGGGCAGCAGCAGCAGCUCGCACAGCAGAUCCCCUUGAUGUAUCAGUUCCAUGGCUCAUCACUACUCACCCCCACUCAAGUGCCCUUGCUCACACCCUCCCUCACAUCCGCCUUCACCCCUCCGUUCUCUCAAGUCCCUCCCCUCGCCUCCCCACACUUCGCCCCCCUGCUGGGCUCAGCAGCAGCAGCAGCGCCACACCCUCAUGGAAACCCCAACGGAGGAGAGUAUACCAAGGAUGGGGAUAUGGGGAGCCAUGGCUUCGAGCAUGGGCAGGAGAGCCAUGGGCAUGCGCCUGGGCAUGGAGGGUCGGUGCUGAAUGCGAGCCCCAGGUUUGAGAGCGGGUGGGUGUGGGACAUGAAGCUCGACACGCUGUCGCCAGCUGCCAUGGCCUCCCACUAGACCUAGACGACACAAGCUUCCUUGUGUAAUCUCGGUGUCGUUGGACUUUGUAUCAACUCCUGACUGAAUAGUUAGCUUCAGGGCGCGGUAAAUUUCGGACCAAAAUGGUUUUUCAGCAAUUUCGAACGCAUGCCCCAUUCGUCCCGUUUUGACCUGCGAUCAAAAAAGAGGUGCAAAAUACAGGGGUUCAAGGUGACACGGAACUUGUACCAUAGCGCGGUUCGCCCUUUGACGAUCAGGAUGCAAAAUGCGCGACGCGACGAAUUUGCGACAAGACGAGCUUGACAAAAUUGUCAAAUGUGCCACAAAGUCGUGCAUGCCACAUUUAGAUGGUAGGACUGUCAACUUAUACAAAUUUGUAUAUGUAGCAAUUAUAGGCUAGAAGGGUUCGUGCUCUUAUAGAAUACAACAUCCAAACAUAU